UUUCCAAUGGCUACAAAUAUUCUACAAAAUUGUGUGUAAUAAAGUGAAAUAAUCUUAGCAAAAUGAAGAUUAUUGUGCUUUGCGUCUGUGUUUUAGGAUUUGCUUUAUCCGACUUAGUUGGAAAUAAAACAAUAAGACAAAGUGCAGAGGAAGCAGAGGGUGCAUUAAGGGAAAAAUUGGAGACUUGUAUGACAGAAAAUAAUGUAACUUUCGAUGCUUGGUCCGAAGCGGUACAAAUAUUGAUUAACGUGCAUAAAAAACCUGAAAAUGUAGAAAAGUCACGAAAACUAGGUUGCAUCCUAGCUUGUUAUUUAAAAAAACAGGAUUUGAUGGAAGAUUCAAAGAAUGAGCAGAAAGCUUAUGCAAUAAUAGAUAUAAUAUCUAUUGGUCAUCCUCGCAAUGCCGAAGCACAAAGGAUUGCACGUAAUUGCAUAAAAGAAGUAAAAAAUAUUACAGAAGAAUGUGAAAAGUGCUUCUCUCUAUUUACUUGUACUGUAAAAGCUAUACAUAACUUGAUACUUGAAGGACAUGAAAGACCAGAAAUUGAUGAAAAUGAAGAAACAGAACAAACUAUUUGA